AUGGGCGCCUGGAUCUCUCAGCUAAAGGCCGCGUUGGGCUUUUUACCAGCUGACAAAAAAAUCCGUGUACUUAUUUUAGGCCUCGACAAUGCGGGGAAGACGUCUAUUUUGUACCGUCUGCAGUUGGGCAAUGUCGUGUCCACCGUUCCUACAGUGGGGUUUAACCUGGAGACGAUGAAUUACAAGAACAUAUCGUUUGAGGUGUGGGAUUUGGGCGGCCAGGCGAACAUUCGGCCUUUUUGGCGCUGUUACUUCACUGACACGGAUGCCAUUAUUUACGUUGUGGAUAGUAGUGACAAGGAUCGCAUGGGGGUCGCUAAGCACGAGUUGUACAACCUUCUAGACGAGGACGAGCUGCGAGAAAGUCUACUGCUUAUAUUUGCCAACAAGCAGGACACGAUGGGUGCGGCGAGCGAAACUGAGGUUGCGCAGCUGCUCGGGGUCGCAUCUUUGACGAAUCGCACCUGGACAAUUGUGAGGAGCAGCGCAAAGACCGGUGAGGGACUCAUUGAGGGGAUGGAUUGGCUCUGUGACAAGCUUCGCGAGCGAGGCACCGUCAGCAGCACCUUGUAG